CGGAAAUGAAGUGACUGAUAACGCAUAACGCAUUGUGAGAACAAAACCAGAACCAACUGAAACUAAACCACAGAGUCCCAACUCGGUACUCUCCAGCGUCUAGUAUGGCCGAUGAGCCGGCCAGAAAGAAAGGGAAGAAGAAGAAGGGUGUCAAGAAGGUGCGGUUGCCCCCAGUAGAAGCUGAAGACGCCUCCCUGAAGGCGUCUGGUUUGACGGACGCAGAGGAGCGUCAGAGAGGACACAAAGAUGACUCUCGAGACAGUCAGAAAGAUGGAAUCCCGGAAGCCCAACCAAAGACCCCUUCCCCAGCUCCUUCUGGUGACAACCGUCCACUCUCUCCCCAUGUUGACCCAGAGGUAAAGACAACCAAUGAAGAUCAGCCUGCAGAGGAGGCUAAGACAGACACUGUGAUUACGAUGGAAGAUCAGCCUGGGGAGGAGACUAAUCCUGAUGCUGUGGCAGAGGAGGCAAUCAAGGAUGGAGAGAGAGUUGUGUCGCCAAAUCCUUUAAGUAGAGAUGAUGCUGUGUCUGAAAGGUCUUCCACUCCAGCAGUCCAGCAGCCAAUCGUCCAGCCAGUCCCUCGUGCACUUGACCUCGGUGACAGGGACUUUGAUAAUAUAGACCCUCGAGAGAUGGGUAUAGAUUACCUGUCUGACGAGGAGUACCAGUAUGAGCCUCCAGAGCGCGACGACCUUCCAGACCUCAACAAGUUAAUGGACACCUUGGACGGAGGAGAGUCGGACCUAGAAGCUGACGUUGAGCCGCCAUCGUUCUUCCAGAGACCCGAGCACGAACCAAACUACAAGAAGAUCUCAAAUCUCCGACAGGAAAUGGAAGAGGAGGAGAUUGACCCUUACAUCAGCCAGUUUGACGAUACCAUCAAAGAUGAUGUGUUGAUGAUUGGUAAUAUCUCACUGGAAGAAGUCCAGGAGGAGGAGCGACGUCUUCGAGAUGAGCACAUUGCAUUCCAGCAGCAAGAAGCCGUCUUGGGUCGUAGACGUCAAGAAGACAUCCUGCUACGGGAAGAGAAAGCCAAGAGUCAUGUGACCAAGAUGAUGAAAGAGAAACGGAAGGCUCUGUCACGUCGAGAGCAACUCAAUUUGCAGAAGGAGCGUCUUCUUCAGGAUCAACUUCACAAGACAUUCAGGAAGUCAGAAAACCAACUGUUGAGAUCUCUGCAGAUCAGAAAAGGGGAAGUCAAGACUAUGUAUGGUGAUCUGAUGAUGGCCGAUGGACAGUACGGUGGGUCUAAAGGUAGACGCUGGAAGGUGGAUUGGAACCGUGCCCCUCAACCGAUACAGAUUAAGCUCACUACACUCAGAGGAGUAAAAAACAAACUGCCUGCUGGACGGUACGUGUUGAUGGUGUCACUCUAUGACAGGAUCGGGGGUCAUGUCCUACGUUGGUCCAACCUGAGGGGGCAGGAGUGGGGCGGAGCCACCCUCCCAAUGAAUCAUGACGGAAACUUCUACAACGUUGAAAUCAAGGUCGACCAGAGUUUGUUCACAGUCUGUCCCUCUCAACCGAGUAUUCGUCCGGGUAUGAUGUUGCAGUUUGAGCUGUUCCUCCUCCGUGGCUCUCUACUCCCAGUGGACAAGGUGGUGGCUUGGGGAGUCUUCCCAAUCUGUGACGGACAAUUCAAUAUCAUCCAGGGAAAAUAUGUGACCCCCAUGCUACGUGGUGAAGCUGACCCUAGGAUCGACCGUCAUGAGACCGUUGAAAAACUCAUGGCAUCCGACAUCGACCACUGGCUGAGUAACCUCUACUUUGAGGUCAUCAAACUACCAAGGUACAUUGCUGGUCACAAGGAGUAUGAGGUGGAGCUCCAAUUCUCAUCCAAUCUCUUGAGUUUUCCUGAUCGAACCAAGACGGCCGAGGAGGUGGUAGAUGGGGACGAGCCCAUUCUAGGAUCCACAGCAGAUGUCUUGUCAACCUCAGGAGAUUUGAGUAACUCUAUCGGCAAGGGUUCCCAGCUGAGUGUACAGCCAACUGGAUCCGAGAAUACAGGAGACUCUAUGGAGAAAGCAAGUAUUGGACGAACCAACGACACUGGAUCAGUGACUGGGAGUAGAAUCAGUCUUAACGCCAACAAGAAGCCGACUACGGAGCACUCAGACCUGAGGUACCGCGGCCAGACCCAACCCCCUCCCACCGUCAUCAGCUCUCGUAAGCUCAUCAACCACGACGCCAAGAUGAAUCUGGACUCCGAUUCGGAGAACUCUGAAGAUUCGGAGUACCUGCAGAAGAUGGAUGGCUUUGAAGCAGUCAAGGGAGAAUCGGGACUGUACUAUAAGCACCACAUGAAUCCACCAGCUACUGACUACAUGCGUCGUCUUUACACCAUGUUGCCUAAGACCGGUCUGCUCAAUCCAAGACGCAAGAAGAAGAAACUGACGUACCUGGAGCAGCUGGACACACAUGGCUUUGCUGUCCAGCGUCCUUUCUCAACUAAGGGCCGCCUAGCCCGUGCUGGUCACGAGAAGGUCCAGUACGUCUCUCGUCAGCUACUCGCUGAGCUUGGACUGUCACAGUGGCGCUCUCGAGAGUUCUGGACGUUGAUCAUCCUGCUGUGUCUGCUGUUCUUUGUGAGGGUGUACCUCCACUAUCUUGGACAAUGGGGAUACCUGAGCAUCAUUGGCAUCCCAAUAAGCAAGUUUGAGUUGCUGCCGUACAGCGUCAACCUCAACUACCAGUCCUCCCUCCUCCACACCAAUGAGUUGGUGGCUGUCGUCAUCCUGGGUCCGUUGACCAACAUCGCCGUCCUGUGCCUCAUGGUCUUUGCUGCCUGGUUAUGUCAGAAGGUCGCCGGUAGCUUCCCGACGCUUCUCUGCAAGCUGGUCAUCGUCUUUGGUAUUCAUGCCUUCCUGGAUCCAAUCCUGAUCGCCGCCGUGGACGCUCCGAUUGGGCGCUAUAAUUAUGAAGUCGGUGACGAGCCUACCGCAGAUGCGGCCAAGCUGUACUACCACUUCGCACAGACUCAUGGCACCGGUCUGAUGGGAAUACUCCUCACUAUCCCCAUCUACGUCUUCUUAAUGUUUUUCGCUGCUGUCGUUUUCUACAUGUACUUCCUGAGGCUCCACAAUAAUGGCCGCAUGCUGGACAUCUUCCACCGUCUCCACGGCAAACAGGAGGAGUUCUUCGUGCCGUACGAUCUCGAGAUCAGUAACCAGGAACUGGCGUUCAUCUGCAAGAAAGCUGAACAGUGGCGUGGGGAGGAAGGAGAGCGACGUAAAGUGGGAGUCUAUGAUUACAUCUGGGAGGAAGAAGACGUGGAUGAGGACGCUCUUGAAGGUGAUAAGCAAAAAGGCAAGAUCAAGAGUGAGAUAACGACCCACGUAUCAAUCCACACACUUCACCUUGACGGUCUGCGGGAGCUUCAUCGUCACUUCUUACGUUUACCAGACGGCGCCAUUGUUGAGGUGUUUGGUGAGAUGGGCGUGGUCGGUCUGGACAAGGACCUUCGAGCCGCCCUUCAGAAAGGGCCAGCUUCCCCCUCCCCGGUGGCCGACAACUGGAUGGGUUCAAGGGACAGCUUACAGACCCGCCAGCGUCCCAAGACCACUGGAGGAUUCAGCUCUCAAGACUUCCUCAAUAUCCCGCCGUCCCCGGGAAUGGGGGCAAGACGGUUUGUAUCGACCGGAUCUCUGCGCUCCGGAAGUAGACCCGGAUCCGGGCGGAGUGGGGCUGGGUCCAGGAUGAAUGUUGGCAAGGGGCUCAUCGGCCAGGGAUACAGUGAAGUGUAGAAGGGCAUAGACAACGAAGGGUGCCAGACUGCCAUGGAGACCUUUGAAAGCUGUGUCCGAAUUAGCCAUUUGCGAGUAAGUAUACAAAUAAUGAAUGUUUAUGAGUGCAAUGCUGCGAAUAUGUUCAUGUGUUGAAAGAUGAAAUGUUCUAUUCAACCAGGCGGAGCCAAGUUGAAUGGAGCACUCCAGCUUUCAACGAAUGAAAAUAUUUGCACCAUUGCACGAAUGAAAAACACUCAUUAUUUGUUUUAUAUAAC